GUCAGCCGGCAAAUGAACAAUGUGAAGGAAGGUGUUUGUGUUGGAUAGCAGAAUAAAUCAUUGCCUACUCUUUAAAAUCUCCUAUUUCAGUAUAAUGCUUACAAAGCCUUUCAUUGCAGGAGACAAAGCAUGUAACUUGAUGAUCUUCGACACUCGAAAAACAGCUAGACAGCCCAACUGCUACCUUUUUUUCUGUCCCAGUGAGGAAGCUUGUCCACUGAAACCAGCAAAGGGACUUAUGAGUUACAGGAUAAUUAGAGAUUUUCCAACUUUGGCCAGAACUCACUCGCCAAGCGGAGAGUUAACCCAAGAAGAUUCUCUCCUCCGUGGCCAGUCUUCACGGGGACUCACUCCCACCCCCGCUCCCGUGACAGGUUAUUCAAAGCCCACUGACAGCUUCCGGAGAGAGGCAUUUUCUCAGAAGGUCGGAUCCUCAGAUCACUUGGAGAAACUAUUCGAGAUGGGUCAGGCGAGUACACCCUUCCCUGUUUAUAAAGAAGAAGGCCAUUCUCAGAGUUCACAGUUUUCCUCAGAGCAAAAAAUAUCUCCUCUGCUGCCUGAACAUGUGACAACACUCCCCACGACAGGGACGGUUGCCUCUCGGCGGAUCACCUCUGCCCCUCCAAAGCCUGCAUCGCCCCCCACCGCCAAUGCUCCCGGGAUACCUUCUGUGACUUCUGAACCAGAGAUGGCCACCUCAGCUCCAGCCCUAGCCUCAGGCAAGUCUCAGCCCCCCACAGACCUCCUGUCUACCAUUUUGACCCGUGCUGCAGUUAAACCCAAAGCUAGCCUAGCUACAGUAGCUGUUUCAAACACCAUCCCUGAGGCACCCAUGGACUGGAAAAGCCCCCCAGAAACGGCACCCUUUCGAGAAAUUUCCAACCUCACUUUGAACACAGAGGAUGCCCAUAAUAACCCUGCUACACUUUCUUUGUCAACAGUGGGUUCGUCCACUGCUACGCCGCUUUCGUCAAAUGUGGAUUCUUCUCUGAAUAAAACUGCUUCCCAGGAAAAUGGGAAGGCCAGACCCGGUGGUUCCUCCCUGAACAGUGUUCCAGAAAGUCAAGACGGCCUUCCAUUUGAAAAAUGGCUCCUCAUCGGAACCCUGCUCUUUGGGGUUCUGUUCCUAGCCAUAGGCCUUGCCCUCUUGGGCAGAAUGUUCUCGGAAUCCCUGCACAGGAGACGUUAUUCGAGACUGGACUAUUUGAUCAAUGGGAUCUAUGUUGACAUCUAAGGAGGAAACUAGAUGUCUCUUCAUUCAUGUAGUUAUUAGCGGCCCAAACUCAGUGACUUCCUGCUGACUCGCAGAUCUUAGCAGGAUGUCUGAAGCAUCUUGAAGAUAGGCAGAUGCCCCCUACCACUUUCUUUUUGCUUGGCUUUUGAAGACAAGGGGAGAAAGGACACAAAUUAGGUAAUUUGAGUGAUCUAUCUCUAAAAUAUUUGCUGAAAACAAAGCUCUACCUAAAGUAAUAAAGUAUAAUUGGCAUAUAAAUUCAAAAAUGACUGGCUUUUUGCAAGGAAAAGUGGUUAGGACUUUUAGGCUCCAGUUCAUUAACAUUUCUGGUUCCAGAUAAAGUCAACUGUUUAUGAUAUUAAUUCUAAUGGAUUUACUUUCUUUUUUAUAUGAAUUCCAAUAAAAGUUAUUCCAGAUGUAUGUCCUUCCAAUUAAAUAUUUGAAUAAAUCUUUUGUUACUCA